AUGCCUCAUGCCUCUAGCCGGCUCGCCUCCCCUCCCCCCCCGGAUUCUCGACUCCUCUCUUCUCCAUCUGCUCACGAUUCACUUUCAGCUCCAGCCUACACCCCCGUCCAAGUUCGACAGGGCUUCGGCCAGUAUCCUCAUGUCCCGUCUUCUACAAACUCCCUCGGCCCCUUUGCUCCUGCCCCGAUCCCCGCCCAAGUGAACCAAAAUGCCAAUGUGCCGCCUAACCCAACGCCCAUGGAUGGUACUCCUUCCGCUCCGCCGCCGAAAGGCAAAGUCUCCUUCUCCGAUGCCGUCCGCAACUAUGUCCGGCGUGCUUUCCUACCGGCCAAUCUGGACCCUACGAUCCGGAGGCAAGAUAUUGAGGCAAAGCUUAAGGAAACCAUCUCCUAUGCCGCCGACAACGGACUCCUCGACUCAACCGACUGGGACGCAAUGCCCCUGCCCGUUGAGCUGAUCAAAAAAGAUCUCCUUGCCCGACUGAAUAUGCCUCACCCUCACCCUGGUCCCAUUUCGCCUGUCGGGUCAAACGGCUCAGCGUCCAAAAAGCGAAAGUCUUCGGAUCGAGCAGAAGUCGCGGCGGUUCCUUGGCGGUCUACUAACGCCCGGACGUCGUCCUUGGAAGAUCGUAUCACCCACCCGCCAGCCGACAAUCGCCCUGCCGUGGACGAGCCUCUUCCCAAAUCUAGUAAGUUCCAGAAGCAAAUGGAGAAGCGACAACGGCGAUGGGGUAAUUACCAAUCGGCACCUCGGUCGCCCACGCCGCCGCCAACGAUGGGACCAGUCGUCGGCACCUGUGAAGUGUUGGAAAAGCGGUAUCUGCGGUUGACGUCCGCCCCCGUCCCUUCGCAAGUUCGCCCUGAGCAUGUGCUCCAUAAGACGGUCGAAUUGCUCAAGAAGAAGUGGAGGAAGGAGAACAACUACUCGUACAUUUGCGACCAGCUAAAGUCUGUACGCCAAGAUCUCACGGUACAGCGAAUCAAGAACAACUUCACGGUCAGCGUGUACGAACUGCACGCCCGCAUUGCCUUGGAGAAGGGGGACCUCGGUGAGUAUAAUCAGUGCCAGACCCAGCUGCGGAGCCUGUACGGGCUGGGCUUGGCUGGGAACCCUAUUGAGUUCAAGGCAUACCGGAUUCUCUACUUCAUCCACACGGCCAACCGUACCGGACUGAGUGACGCGUUGGCAGAUCUAACCCCAGCAGAGAAACGAGAGUUGCCGAUCAAGCACGCUUUACAUGUCCGGACCGCCCUCGCGCUAGGCAACUACCACAGAUUCUUUCGACUUUACCUAGAUACACCCAACAUGGGCGCUUACUUGAUGGACAUGUUUGUCGUUCGAGAACGCCUUGCUGCUUUGUGCAACAUCUGCAAAGCUUACAAACCAGAUGUGAAAUUGAGAUUUAUCACUGAAGAGCUCGGGUUCGAGUCGGACCACGAUGCCGCCCAGUUUAUAGUCGACUACAACGGCCAGCAUCUGCUCGAGGAGCGGGGAGAACACAUUGCUCUGCUGACUGGUAAAGCUGGUGCUCUCUUCGAGUCUGCUCGCGCUGCGGCUUUCCGUAGAGUCGACAUCAAGGGCCAGAUUUGA